ACUCCAUUGCCCGGCCGUGGCAGCUGCUGGGGCGCGGCGCCAGGGCAGGCCGAGGGAGGGAGGUUGGCCUUCGCCGCACCGCGGAGCCGGAGGAUGGCGCGAUGAGAGCGGCCCGCAGGGACCAUUCUCUUCCAGGAUGACUAGUCACUGGACAUUUAAAACCACAAGGUGGUGUGCAGUGCUAGUGAGUCACUGAUUGUCAGUCGUACCCACUUCAGUGCAGAUAAAUGAAUCUGUCUACAUCGACUGAAUUUGGCUUUUGGCUUUAGGUUGAUUCUGCUGUAGGAUAAUGGCAGGAAAAGUAAAGUGGGUAACUGACAUUGAAAAAUCUGUUCUAAUAAACAACUUUGAAAAAAGAGGCUGGAUUCAGGUGGCAGAAAAUGAAGACUGGAAUUUUUAUUGGAUGAGUGUGCAAACAAUCAGAAAUGUUUUCAGUGUGGAAACUGGUUACCGCCUCUCUGACGAUCAAAUUGUCAAUCAUUUCCCAAACCACUAUGAGCUGACCAGAAAAGAUUUGAUGGUAAAGAAUAUCAAGCGCUAUAGGAAAGAGCUUGAGAAAGAAGGAAGCCCUCUUGCAGAAAAGGAUGAAAAUGGGAAAUACAUUUAUUUGGAUUUUGUUCCCAUUACUUUCAUGCUUCCUGCUGAUUACAAUCUCUUUGUUGAAGAAUUCAGAAAAAAUCCCUCCAGCACUUGGAUUAUGAAGCCUUGUGGCAAAGCUCAAGGAAAAGGGAUAUUUCUAAUCAAUAAACUCUCCCAAAUUAAAAAAUGGUCUCGAGAUAGCAAGACAUCUUCGUUUGUCUCUCAGUCUUCCAAAGAGGCCUAUGUGAUUUCUCUUUACAUCAACAAUCCCUUACUUAUUGGUGGAAAGAAGUUUGAUCUCCGUCUGUACGUUUUAGUAUCUACUUACCGUCCACUGAGAUGCUACAUGUAUAAACUUGGGUUUUGCCGGUUUUGCACAGUAAAAUACACACCAAGCACAAGUGAACUGGAUAACAUGUUUGUACACCUUACAAACGUUGCCAUUCAGAAACAUGGGGAUGAUUACAAUCAUAUCCAUGGAGGCAAGUGGACAGUGAGUAACUUACGCCUCUAUCUGGAGAGCACCCGUGGAAAGGAGGUCACAAACAAGUUAUUUGAUGAGAUUCAUUGGAUAAUUGUGCAGUCACUAAAGGCUGUUGCGCCUGUAAUGAAUAAUGAUAAACACUGCUUUGAGUGUUAUGGAUAUGACAUCAUCAUUGACGACAAGCUUAAGCCAUGGUUAAUUGAGGUUAAUGCUUCCCCUUCUCUUACUUCCAGUACUGCUAAUGAUCGCAUCUUGAAGUAUAAUCUUAUUAAUGACACCCUUAACAUUGCUGUGCCUAAUGGAGAAAUUCCAGACUGUAAAUGGAAUAAAUCUCCACCAAAAGAGGUUCUUGGCAAUUAUGAAGUCUUGUAUGAUGAAGAGAUGGCGCAAAGCGAUGGGCAUGAUCGUGAGUUGCGAAGUCGUUCUGGGCAGUCCACUGGAGUAAAAGGGAAUCGUGCAAGAGAUUCAGGAAAGCCUGUGCUAACCACCUGGAAGUGAUGGGGGAAAAAACAGCUGCAGUCUGGGUAGGAAGACAUCAUGAACAAAAAUGCACUUUUUAAACAGUUUCCUCUAUUUUGCUUCAUUGUAUGUGGGAAAUGCUAAAAGAGAAUAGAUAAUACAGCCUUUGGUCUGUGGUACAGUUGGUGCUGAUGUGUCCUGACUGAAAGGCAAUCUGGCAAAAGCACUUUAGGCUCUGGAGGGAGGGCAGAUGCAGCAUGGGCUGACCGGUGUCAUUACACGUGGUGUAGGAUUCAUCCAUUCAAUAAAGAAUGAUACACACAGGCUGGAUGAGUCACUCCAAGUGUAAUCAUCGUCUUGGUUAAGAUUGUGUAUUCCAUUAAAAUAAAGACCAAAACCCAGCUGAUUCUCUGGUCAUCA